AUGAUCAGCCCGGACCCCAGGCCUUCCGGCGGCCUGGCCCGGGGGGCCGAGAGCUACGAGGCCAAGUACGAGCGCCGGCAGGAGACGCGGGAGAGCCGCCGCUGCCGCCCCAACAGGACCACCUGCCGCCAGGCGGGGAGGGCGCUGGGCACCCCGCAGAGAGAACAGCUCCGGAGGGCCCGGCAACAGCAGUUCCUCAGGAGGAGGAACCUGGAGACAGAGGAGAGAGACACAGCACAGGGCCCCCCGGACAGGGGGCCAGGGCUCUCCGGGAGGCCGGGCCAGGCCUCCGACCUCAAGAAGCCCUUGCCUUGGGCCAACGGGAUUCCUUCCCCCAGACAGCAGGUGUCAGGGACCAGCUCUGAGGUCUUUCCAACCCAGCAUCAUCCUCUCUCAGGCGUCUGGAGGGAUCUGGCUGAUCACCUCCCCUCCCAGGCCGGGGGCCUUCCACCUCAGGACUUUCCCAUCAAGAAGCCACCCAAACACCACCGUGGCACUCAGACAAAAGCCAAAGAGGCACAACCAACAGUUAAGAAUGAUGCCAGUCAGCAAACCAAUUAUGGAGUUGCAGUUCUAGAUAAGGAAAUCAUCCAGCUUUCCGAGUACCUCAAAGAGGCCCUACAAAGGGAGCUGGUUCUAAAACAGAAAAUGGUGAUUCUCCAAGACCUACUGUCCACCCUGAUCCGGGCCUCUGACAGUUCUUGGAAGGGGCAGCUUAAUGAAGACAAACUGAAGGGCAAACUGAGAUCGUUAGAAAACCAGCUGCACACCUGUACCCAGAAAUAUUCCCCUUGGGGAAUGAAAAAGGUACUAAUGGAGAUGGAAGACCAGAAGAACAGCUAUGAGCAGAAAGCCAAGGAGUCCCUGCAGAAAGUGCUGGAGGAGAAAAUGAGCGCAGAGCAGCAACUGCAGAGCACGCAGCGAUCCCUGGCUCUGGCUGAGCAGAAGUGUGAAGAGUGGAGGAGCCAGUACGAGGCUCUUAAGGAGGACUGGAGGACCCUGGGGACCCAGCACAGAGAACUGGAGAGCCAGCUCCAUGUGCUCCAGUCCAAACUGCAGGGAGCAGACAGCAGAGACUUCCAGAUGAACCAGGCUCUGCGGCUUCUGGAGAAUGAGCACCAGGAGCUGCAGGCCAAGAUCGAAUGCCUGCAGGGAGACAGAGACCUGAGCAGCUCGGAUACCCAGCACCUGCAAGAUCAACUAAAGAGGUCAGAGGAGGAGAAACUCACCCUGGUGACCAAAGUACAGCAGUUGCAGAGUCUGCUUCAGAGUCAAUCCUUACAGCUUCAAGAGCAGGAGAAACUCUUAACAAAGAAAGAUGAGGCUCUGUCUGUGUGGAGUCCAAAGCCCUCCCAUAACGAAGUGGAGCCAGAGGGUACAGGGAAGGAAAAAGACUGGGAUUUCAGAGACCAGCUGCAAAAGACGACUUUGCAGCUCCAGGCCAAGGAAAAGGAGUGCAGAGAACUGCAUUCAGAGUUAGACAACCUCAGUGACGAGUAUCUCUCCUGCCUGCGUAAGCUGCAGCACUGUCGAGAAGAGCUGAACCAAGGCCAGCAGCUGCCUCCCAGAAGGCAGUGUGGUCGGUGGCUAUCCGUGCUGAUGGUGAUGGUUGCUAUAGCACUGGCAGUGUUCCUGGCCAACAAGGACAGCCUGAUGAUCUGA